CUCUCUCUCUCUCUCUCUCUCUCUCUCUCUCUCUCUCUCUCUCUCUCUCUCCCCUUCUCUCUUAUAUAUAGAAAUUGUCCGGGAUUUGAACAUGAUAACAGAAUUACUCCUAGUGCGGGUGAGACACACAGCCGAGCACCGCAUAUUGCUGGGUUUUUUACUAUAGCAUAAAAAAACCCAAUAGAGAUAAGGAAGAAAGGAUUAUUUAUAUACAGCUUGUUUUUUCUUUUUUUUUUUUUUUGCUAAAUUAAACAGUCCUCCGAGAUUUAUUUUGCUUACAGAGAAGUAUAUCUAUUUUAUUGUAUGUAUAUAUGAUGUAUUCGCUCAUUAUAAUGGGCCCUAGUGUUGGAUAUUUGGGACUCUGCAUACUCGUUUUCCUUCACCACCCUGAAACCGCUUUAGGGAGCAAAGCCAGUCCAGAUGUUGAUGAGUGCGCGGAAGCUUUGGAUAAUUGUAACAUUGACGCAAUCUGCCAGAACACCCCGAGGUCAUACAAGUGCAUCUGCAAGUCUGGAUACACGGGAGACGGCAAGCACUGCGAAGACAUUGAUGAGUGUGACAACGAGUACAACGGUGGCUGUGUUCACGAGUGCAUCAACAUCCCUGGGAAUUACCGAUGCACGUGUUACGAUGGCUUCAGGCUGGCCCACGACGGGCACAACUGUUUGGAUGUGGACGAGUGUUUGGAGGGGAACGGAGGCUGCCAGCAGAUCUGUCUCAACAUGAUGGGGAGCUACGAAUGUCGCUGCCGGGACGGCUUCUUCCUGAGCGACAACCAGCACACCUGCAUCCAGCGACCCGAAGAAGGAAUGAACUGUAUGAACAAGAACCACGGCUGCACGCACAUCUGCCGCGAGACCCCCCGGGGAGGCAUCGCCUGCGAGUGCAGACCUGGGUUCCACCUCACCAAGAACCAGAGGGACUGCAAGCUGACGUGUAACUAUGGCAACGGGGGCUGCCAGCACACAUGCGACGACACGGAUCAAGGACCCAAGUGUGGCUGCCACAUUAAAUUCGCUCUGCACUCUGACGGCAAGACUUGCAUAGGCGAGAGGAGUGUCCAGCAGCAGGCAUCCCCCCAGCAGUUACCCAAUGAGACCUGCGCUGUGAACAAUGGCGGCUGUGACAGCACGUGUCACGAUGCUGUGACGGGGGUACGGUGCAGCUGUCCCGUGGGAUUCACCCUGCAGCCGGACCGCAAGACAUGCAAAGAUAUUGACGAGUGCCGGCUGAACAACGGUGGCUGUGAUCACGUGUGCCGCAACACAGUGGGGAGCUUCGAGUGCAGCUGCAAGAAGGGCUACAAACUGCUCACCAACGAGAGGACCUGUCAAGAUAUCGACGAGUGCUCCUUCGACAGAGCCUGCGAUCACUCCUGUGUGAAUUCGGCUGGCAGCUUUGAGUGCCUCUGCCACAAGGGCUAUAUGCUGUACGGACUGGCUCACUGCGGAGAUAUCAAUGAGUGCAGCAUUAACAAAGGGGGCUGUAAGUUCAGCUGCCUGAACACUCUGGGGAGCUACGAGUGUACCUGCCCUCCCGGACACAAGCUGCACUGGAACAAGAAGGACUGCAUUGAGCUGGUGAAAUGCCUGCCAAGCUGGGUGUCUCCGCGGGCCACCCUCACCUGCAGCAAAGCGGGCAAGAAGGAGAGCUGCUCCCUGACCUGUGCCUCCAAGGCCCACUACCUGGCAGAAUCUGACAGCAGCUACACAGUGAGCUGCGGCAUCCCCAUCCUGAACAGCAAAGCAUCGCAGAAACAAAACAACACACAGAGCUGUAUAGAGACUCUGGCCCCACCAGUCAAACAGAAAGCCUCGUUCAAGAUCAAAGAUGCAAAGUGUCACCUGCACCACAAACUGAAGGGCAGACAGGAAGACGGGGGCAGGCAACUGGGGGCAGGCGGUGCCCUGCCCUGUAAUGACUGCCACGUGACCUUCGUGAACCUGAAAUGCGACUCGUCUAAAAAGGUAAAGGGCCGGCGCGCCCGCAACCCCCCGAACAAGGAGGUGACCCGCAUCACGCUGGAGCUGGAGGCAGAAGUGAAACCAGAGGAGAUUACAGCGAGCUGUAACCUCAACUGCCUGCGGCAGCGCAUGGAGAAGCAGGUGAAGUCAUCCAUCAAGGCCCUGAAGAAGUCCAUCAACCAGGAGCGCUUCCUGAUCCGCGUGGCGGGGCUGGAGUACGAGGUGGCACAGAAACUGGCACGGGCCCCCGAGAGGCAGGAGAACUGCGGCCCCGGGAAAGAGAGGGACAAUGGCCGCUGUGUUAGAUGCUUGCCAGGAUCUUAUUACCACGGAGAACAGGAAAAGUGCAUCUCCUGCCCGCCUGGCACCUUCCAGGAAAGGGAAGGCCAGCUUGCCUGCGACCUUUGCCCCGGAAGUGAUGGGCACGGCCCUGCUGGCGCCCGUAAUAUCACAUCCUGCACAGGGCAGUGCCCGUCGGGGUACCACUCUCACGAUGGGUUCAAGCCGUGCCAGGCCUGCCCCCGGGGGACUUACCAGCCCGACCCGGGCCGCACCCUCUGCUUUCCCUGCGGAGGGGGGCUGAGCACCAAGAAUGAGGCAGCCAGCUCCUUCCACGACUGCGAGACCAAGGUGCAGUGCUCCCCGGGUCAUUACUACAACACCACGGUCCACCGCUGCAUCCGCUGUCCGCUAAGCACCUACCAGCCCGACUUCCGGCAGAACUACUGCAUCUCCUGCCCGGGCAACACCACCACCGACUUUGACGGGGCCACCACUGUGUCCCAGUGCAAGAACCAGCGGUGUGGGGGGGAGCUGGGGGAGUACACAGGCUACAUCGAGUCGCCCAACUACCCCGGGAACUACCCUGCCAACGUGGAGUGCACCUGGAACAUCAACCCCCCGCCCAAGCGCAAGAUCCUCAUCGUGGUGCCCGAGAUCUUCCUGCCAUCUGAGGAUGAGUGUGGAGAUGUGCUGGUCAUGAGGAAGAACUCGUCUCCAAGCUCCAUCACCACCUAUGAGACCUGCCAGACCUACGAGCGGCCCAUCGCCUUCACCGCCCGCUCCCGCAAGCUCUGGAUCAACUUCAAAUCCAACGAGGCCAACAGCGCCCGCGGCUUCCAGAUCCCAUACGUCACCUACGACGAGGAUUAUGAGCAGCUGGUGGAAGACAUAGUUCGAGACGGCAGGCUCUAUGCCUCUGAAAACCACCAAGAAAUCCUAAAGGAUAAGAAGCUGAUCAAAACCCUGUUCGACGUGCUGGCUCACCCACAGAACUACUUCAAGUACACGACCCGCGAGUCCAACGAGAUGCUGCCGCGUUCCUUCAUCAAGCUGCUGAGCUCCAAAGUGUCCAGCUUUCUGAGGCCAUACAAGUAGCCACAGGGGGCGGAGAGCGAGCCAGCCAGCCACCAACUACAACAACGACAACAAAAACUUUUUUAUGGCUUUUAAAACAUACUUCACUAUGCAGACUUUUUUUGGCUUCUGUUUUUUUCCCUCGCCGUCACAACGGAUUAGUUAGCCGAGACUCCGCUGAAGGCUCCAGGUGAUUGAGGCUCAUUGACUUGUUCCAGCUCCUUCAGCAUUGAUUAUUAUCGUUUCUUCUGUUUGUUUUAUUCCCUGGGACUCCUCGCAUUCUCCCGCUGCUCUGUAGUAUCGGUUCUGUAAAUGUGUUCUAUGCAUGUGAGUUACCCAACCAUGUAGCUGUUUUGUUUUCCAUAAAAUCAGGGCGCAAGCCUCGCCACAGUUGCUUGGGCAGCUGAGCCAUUCCUCCUGUUGCAGGGCUAAUCAAGUCAAAGCACCGCAAGCCAAAAAAAGGUUAUUUUUCAGUUCGAGCAAACAAAAUAAGAGACUGUGUUUGUUUUGCAUGAGAAAACGCAACUAACUCAUUGGGGACUUCCCAAUUCAGACCAUGCAUCGUAUCACUUCUACCAAUUCCCUUACCUUUGGAGUUUUAAAAAACAUGUUUACAGAGUUUUAUAAGCCCCCACCAAAAGAAAAAGAGCAAAACACAUAAGCAAAAUCUGUUUUCGUUUAACAUUUAAAUAUAAAAGCUGGUGCUGUGAGCGUGGGAAGUGAAAGCGUUGCGGAAUGACAAAAAGUAAACACAUUUUUCUAGUGCAAAGCCUCGGAACAGUAAGUGCACCUCCAGCAGCUUCAGUUGUUUCUUCUUGGUUUUUAUGCAGUUUGUUUUCACCUUUGCAUUUGCUUCAUGUCCCUAUAAAAGUAGUGGAAGUCAGCAGC